UCCACCACGCGCAGAACAACGGUCAAAAGCGGGUGCUUUCAUCCUGUCAUAGUUUCUUUUUCUUCUCUGCGAUCAAUAGAAGAAGUAAAGAAGUAGUAUAGUAGUAGUAUCACCAUGAUGUUCCAUCUCCAGAGCUUCCUCCUGACAACGUCGGUUGUCUUACUCUCCACCAGUGCGGUGGUGAACGCCCGCCACUCGGAAUUUGUCAUGCUGGAAGGCCACGAUCAAGUCGAGUCCUACACAUCCCCACUCCCCUACACGUACAUUGCCGAAGACGAUUUACCCGAUGACUUUACCUGGGGCAACGUCCAUGGCAAAUCCUACUUGACCAAGAGUCUCAAUCAACACAUUCCCCAAUACUGUGGUUCCUGUUGGGCUCACGGGGCCAUGAGCAGUUUGUCCGAUCGCAUCAAGAUUGCAAGAAACGCUACCGGUGAUGAAAUUAAUCUCUCUAUUCAACACAUUCUCAAUUGUGCUGGACGCGUCGCUGGAAGUUGUCACGGAGGUUCCCAUACGGGUGUCUAUCAAUUCAUCAAACAAAAUGGUCACGUCUCGUACGAUACCUGUGCGCCCUACAUUGCCUGCAGUUCCGAAUCGACGGAUGGAUUUUGCGGACACGUCGAUACCACUUGCACGGCCAUUAAUACGUGUCGCACGUGUACCCAUGGAGCGGCGGGAUGUGCUGCCAUUAACGUAUUUCCCAAUGCGUCCUUGGCCGAAUAUGGAACCUACUCGGUCUUGAAAGAUAUGACCAGUGUCUCGCACAAAAUCAAGGCCGAAGUCUAUGCCAGAGGUCCCGUUGCGGCGGGAGUCAAUGCUGAACCCAUUGUCAAAUACGAAGGAGGGAUUGUGAACAAUACGCAUUUUUGGAACAUGAUGGUCAACCAUAUCGUCGCCAUUGUCGGAUGGGGAACUGAUAAGGCAACGGGCAAACAGUAUUGGAUUGUCAGAAAUAGUUGGGGAGAGUACUGGGGCGAGCUUGGCUACUUUCGCAUUGUCAUGGGACAUAAUGCAUUGGGCAUUGAGUCCACCAUUGCCUGGGCCACUCCAGCGGCCUUUACGGUGCAAAACUUUCCAUGCAAUGAAGAUGGAGCGAACUGUCAGGAUGCACCGUCUUUUGAGAGCAGCAGUAGUAGUAGUGUUCGCACCCAGUACUACACCGAUCCUUCCAAGGAUGGUGUCCCUCUUGGGGCUCUCCUGAGCCAAAAGUAA